CCAAGUAGAUAUAUCGUAUAUUGUAUACAAUUAAAUCGAGUCUCAUUCCUAGUUGAUACCAUUUUUGAAUUGAUUUUUUAUAAAUUCUUAAUAAAUAAUUCCACCUAAUUACAAAAAAUAAAUUCAAAAUGCAAAAGUACGAAAAAUUAGACAAAAUUGGAGAAGGGACAUAUGGUACAGUAUUCAAAGCUAAAAAUCGAGAAACACUCGAAAUAGUGGCUUUAAAACGUGUAAGACUAGAUGAUGAUGAUGAGGGAGUACCAUCAUCAGCACUUAGAGAAAUUUGCCUGCUAAAAGAGUUGAAACAUAAAAAUAUUGUCCGUCUUUAUGAUGUUCUUCAUAGCGAUAAAAAGUUAGUGCUGGUUUUUGAACACUGCGAUCAAGAUUUAAAAAAGUACUUUGAUAGUUUAAAUGGAGAUAUAGAUCCUAAUGUCGUCAAAUCAUUUAUGUUCCAGUUAUUAAGAGGAUUAGCGUUUUGCCACAGCCACAACGUCUUACAUCGGGAUCUAAAACCUCAAAAUUUACUUAUAAACAAGAAUGGAGAAUUAAAAUUAGCAGAUUUUGGUUUAGCGAGAGCAUUUGGAAUACCAGUUAAAUGUUAUUCUGCUGAAGUAGUUACUUUAUGGUAUAGACCGCCAGAUGUCUUAUUUGGUGCUAAACUGUAUACAACUUCUAUAGACAUGUGGUCUGCUGGAUGCAUUUUUGCAGAAUUGGCCAAUGCUGGUCGCCCAUUGUUCCCCGGUUCAGAUGUGGACGAUCAACUCAAAAGGAUAUUUAAACUUUUAGGAACGCCUACAGAAGAAACAUGGCCCAAUAUGACUACUCUUCCAGAUUAUAAACCAAUGCCAAUGUAUCAGCCAAACAUGACUCUUGGACAAAUAGUACCAAAAUCAACAGCCAAAAUGCGAGACCUUUUACAAAGACUUCUGGUUUGUAAUCCAUCCCAUAGAAUAUCAUCGGAACAAGCAAUGAGCCAUAUAUACUUUGCAGAUAUUAAAUAGUUAUAAAUAAAUAGGUUUAAUUUCAAAAUCUUUAGUCAUAUUUAAGAAAAACUACAAAAAAAAAAUAUGAUUAAUAGUAAAUAUCUUAUUUUUACUAUUAAAAUAUUUAAAAUUAUUUGUUGUUAAAAAUUGUUGUACUAAAAAUCCAUAGUACAUUUUCUUUUAUGGUAUUAACGAUUCCAAGAAAAACAAAAAUUUUAAUU